GCCGCCGCCGCCGCCGCGCCCUGCCGCGCGCCUCCCCACCGCUGGUGCAGCUCCCGCGAGACGGCGCGCGCCUGCCAGGCGGAGCAGCGCUGUGCCAUGCGGGCAUCCCCCAAGGCCCCCCCGGUCUCCGUGCAGCUUUACUACGAGAGCCUGUGCCCGGCCUGCCGAGGCUUCCUCUCCACUCAGCUCUUCCCCACUUGGGUUAUGCUGGAUGAAAUCAUGAACGUCACGCUGGUCCCAUUUGGCAAUGCAAAGGAGACAAAGUCGAAAGGCAAGUGGCAGUUCGAGUGCCAGCAUGGCGAAGAGGAGUGCCAGGGGAACAUGAUAGAGGCCUGCCUCAUCCACCUGUUGAAAGACCCCGGCCUUUACUUCCCGGUCAUCUUCUGCAUGGAGUCAGGCAGCGAUGUUGUGGGGAAUCUGCCGCUGUGCCUGAAGGUUUAUGCCCAUGAUGUGCCCUUGGCCAACGUCACGACCUGCGUGAAGGGAGACCUGGGAAACCAGCUGAUGCACCAGAACGCACUUCUUACCACGGCCCUGGAACCGCCGCACCAAUACGUGCCAUGGAUAGUCAUCGAUGGGAAGCACACAGAAGUCCUCCAGUCUGUGGCCAUGGAGGGCCUCUUCAGGCUCGUCUGCAUCAUGUACCAGGGAGAGCUGCCUUUGGCCUGCCAAGAACAACUCCAAGCCCCAUCUUCUCCAUCCCCACAAAAUACCUGCCUGAGGUAUUAA